AUGAAGACCAGAUCUCUCAACGCAGAAAUUAUUUUCAGCCUUUCACCAAACAACAACAUUUCAGAUGCAUUUAAAAAGUUUGGCAUUUCAGACAGUGACACAGCAGUACUCAUUGUUCUGGUUGUAGACAGAGAAAAACCUGUAAAUCUGGAAGAUGUAGCAUCUCACGUAGAAGGCCAACAGGUUGCUCUAGAUGAACUUUCCCAACUGACAGACACUGCCAAAGUUAAAAAGAUGUACAAAAUUACUCCACAGGAAGAAAAAAUUGGCACCUUAUUAGAUAGUGUUAUUUGCAGAAUGUCGACAAAAGACGUUUAA